GCUCACCUGGACAAUCUGUCCGUCUAACAGCUCACCUGGCCUCUUUUCCAUACCAUUCGAUGCAUGUGGUCGGGCCGAGAUGAUGAGGGCGUCUGGUGUUGCGGAUCCUAGAUGGCUAACUACCGGUCGUUGAAUGGCGAGGACCAUCCGUCUGCCACGUGUCAGCGCAGAGAGGAUUAAUUGUCUAGUUCGUCACCCCUCCCUCCUCCCAAUUCGCAUUUUCUCAUUUUCUCAUUUUUGAUUGAUUGGCUAGAGUACCGACACCGCACCGGGCCGUUACCUUGAACCUGCACUCGGACUGCAGUUGCUGGGGAAUAAUCCAUAAGAAAGUAUUGUAAAGUAAUAAUGAUAACAGUAGUAAUAAUUAAAUAAUAAUAAUAAUAAUAAUAAUAAUAAUAAUAAUAAUAUAAGAUUGACCGUUGAUCUAGUAGAUUAGAAGCCGGUGAGGAUCUAGUGGAUCCCAACCGAUCAGAAAUUACCAAAUCAAGCAACCGAUUUCGCAGCCAGCCCGAACAGGAAAGAACGGACAGGGAAGGAAGGGAGGGAGGGAGGGAGGGAGGGAGGGAGGGAGGCAGGGAUAUAAGGGAGAAAAGGAGGAGGAGGAGGACGAGGAGGAGGAGGAGGAGGAGGGAAGGAGGGAGAGGACUUUGUUGCAAAAUACGAAUCACCCCAGCAGCUUCCCGCAGAACGGAAACCAUCAAUCAACUAAUCAAUCAAUCAAUCAAUCAAUCAAUCAAUCAAUCAAUCAUGGCUAUCACAGGUGCAACAUACAAGGCUCCGGCGUCUGCAGUCUCGCCUUCCUCCUACUCCUCCCCCUCCCCCUCCCUUAGCUCCUGUCGGGCAAAGAAGAGCACGACGGGAAAGCCCUACUCCUUGCGCACCAAGAUGUCAACUUCGUGCUUGUCCGUUAGAUCUCGAGAGAUUGCCGGUGAUCCAUGCAGUGCCACGUGUCAGGCAACACUCCAGCUGAGCGUUGAGGCAGAGAGGAAGGGAUGGCGAAGAAAGGCUUUGCUGGCAUCGACAGCCGGAGGGCGAGAGGAAGAAGGGGGUGGUAUGGGGGGAGCAAUUUGCCGGCAAAGGAAGGGCUUUUGGUCGUGGUCUUGCUCGGGUCUCUCCUCCUCCUCCUCCUCCUCCCCCUCCGGACCGGGCACCCCCUGUGACCGGAUGGUGGUUAAUCCGUCGCGAGCGCCACGAAGGCGAGUGCGCGGGGGUGCUACCGUGCUUCCAGCGACGACGGCUUCGUUCUCCUCGACCAGGAUAGAAGAGAGAGAAGGCGGGCGGGAGGGGAGAGAGAGGGGGGAGACAACCGAACUUGGGGGGCCCUCCAGCAGCUCGGACCAUGCCCAGGAUGCUCUGCAAAUGCGAGAAAGCGUUGACGUCAUCAUUCCAUUGGAAAUGAGGUCGCCUGCUGCGGAUGGGCUCGACCAGCGAGGGGGGCAGUUGUCACAUGCGCUCAACAGACAACGAAGAAAUGGAGGAGGAGGAGAGGAGGAGGGAGACCACCUGCAGCAGCUCGUGACGGAGUUGAUGUCGGCGAAGGACGCUGACACUUUGAUCUCCGUGCUUGAGAAAUACAAGGACGAAGUGUUUCAAACAGAGCUCACCAAAAUAAUGGCAAGGAUGCUCGAGCGCCAGAUGUGGCGAACGACCGACGCGAUGUUCAAGUGGAUGCGUCAACAGGCGGGAUAUCGUCCCGACCUACGUCUGUAUAACCGGUUGAUGGCGGCGAUGGGCAGACUUCACGAUGGGGAGCGGGCGAAUCAGAUCUUCAAAGAGCUGCAAGAGGAUGGCUGCUUGCCGAAUGUAUACAGCUACAACGCCUUGCUUUCGGCAUAUGCUCAAGAAGGAAAGGUGGACAAGGCGCUCGAGGUCCUGGAGGCGUUAAAGGCAGAGGCAGAGAGGCGGGAGAGAGCAGGAGUGGGGAGACCAAGCGAGCUGAAGACCGCAAGCUCCUCCUUCGAAACAGGAAGAGAGGAGGAAGACGGAGAGGUGCAUGAGGAGGAAGAGGAGGAGGAGGAGGAGGAGGAGGAGGAGGAGGAGGAGCCCUUGCGGCCAGACAGGUUCAGCUAUAACUCGGCAAUCAACCUGUGCGCCAAGGAACAGGUAUGGGAUAAAGCCGAUGAGCUAUUCAAGGAAAUGAAGGCACGUGGCCUGGAGGCCGACUCUUUGCUGUACAAGACGAUGAUCAACGUGUACUGCAAGAAGGGGGAUGUCCAGCUCGCCGAAGGAGCUAUCGAGGAGAUGGCUAUGGCGGGACACCAGCCCGACGGGGUGGCCUUCACUAUGCUAGUGGAUGCUUAUGGCAAGAAGGGAAAGAUGGAUGAAGCAGAGGCGAUUGUCGAGCGGAUCGUUCAGAAGGGGAUCGACGUCCCCAUCCAUGUGUACACGGCGCUGGUCGAUGGCUACGGGCGCGCGAACAAUCCGGAGAAAGUGCGCGCCAUCGAGGAGCGCAUGGCGGCGCGCAACUGCGACAAGAACACUGUCUUCUGCAAUGCGCUGAUCACCGCCUACGCGCGCUGCGGACUGCUGGAGCAGGCGGAGGAGGUGGCGGAAGCCAUGGAGAAGGAUGCGCGGGACAGCGAGGGCAUGGACGCGGCCAUGCGCAGGCGCUUGGGGAUGGACGGCAGCAGCGAGGGCGCGGGUCCCAACGAUCGCACCUACACUGCGCUGAUGGAUAUGUACGGAAAGGCCGGAAGAUUAGACAAGGUGGAGGAGGUCCGCGCGAAGAUGAGCAAGUCGGGACUGGCGCCGACCGAGGUGACCUACACGGUCUUGAUUGAUCGGUACGGAAAGGAGGGGACCUUCGACAAGGCCAUCGAGACGCUGGAUCAGAUGGAAUCGGAGGGCAGCUACUCGGUGAUGGCCUACAACUCGUUGAUUGAUGCGCUGGGGAAGGCGGGCAGGUUGAAGGAGGCGGAGAACCUGUACGAGCGGCUCAAGAAGAAGGGGAUCGAACCCACGACAUUCACGUACAACAGCAUGAUUGCUGCGUACGGGAAGCGAGGGGGGGCGGAGGGGAUGCAAAAGGUGCGCGACGCUAUGAAAGAGCGCCGCGUGCAGCCCAACAAAGUGACUUAUCUCUUGUUGAUUGAGGGCUUGGGCAACGCGGGGAUGUGGAAGGACGCGGAGGCCGCGUUCGCGGACCUGGUGGCUGCGGGGCUGGGACCGUCGAGCAUAUUUUUCAACGCGCUAGCGAGCGCACUUAUGAAGUCCGGGCAGUUGGAGAAGGCGGAGAAGUGCGUGGCAGACAUGCGCAGUCGGGGGAUGGGUCCCGAUCGCAUCACGUAUAACGUGAUGAUCGGCGGGUAUGGUAAAAGGGGGAAGCUGGAAGAGAUGGAGAGGUGGGUGGAGGAUAUGCGAGCGUGGGCGGUGACGGUGGGGGGAGGGAUAGGAAAGGUGGGGGGGAAGGAGUCGUCGCGGGCGACUCCUAGGGCGGCAGAGGUCACGUACAACACCAUUAUGGAUGCCUACGGGAAGGCGAAGAGGUUGGAGAAAGCGGAGAGCAUCUUCGACGAGAUGAAAGCGGAGGGGUUGAAGCUGUCGGAGAUCAGCUACUGCACCCUGUUGGAUGGGUAUUGCAGAGCGAGGAUGUACGAUAAGGCGGAGAAGGUGUUGGUGGAGAUGAGGGAAGCAGGGGUGCGGCCGACGGGGGCCAUCUACACCGCGCUCGUCGCGGGGUACCUAAGAGGGGGGAGGGUAGAAGAGGCGCAGGCAGCCAUGCAACGGAUGCAGGACGUAGGCCUGCGGCCGGACGGGCCGCUGCGGAGCUGGCUGGACAAGGUCACAAGAGAGGCUGGCAUGACUAGCACCUCUACCGGGGGCGGUGGUGGUGGUGGUGGUGGUAGUGGUAGUGCUAUCGGCAGUAUCAGGGCAGGGGGCGCUACUGUCUCGCUUGCAGGCCAGAAAGAAAAAGGUUUGGCUGAUCAGAGAGGAAAAGAGGGGGGGGAAGCGGGGGGGGACCGUCCCCAGCCGCAGGCAAGAAAGCGACCGGCGGGUCGGUAUGUCAGGAUGCAGGGGGAGAAUGGACUGAGAUACGUAUGGCAGCCUGACGAAGGGACCGGGACUGGUGACGUGGCAACCUCAUGAUGACCUACGUGUCACGCUGGGCUCGGUCCUCUUUAGUCGGAUCGCGUUUCAGGCUCACAACUCUUUCCCUCCUACCCCCUUUCCCCCCCUUCCCCCCCGCUUCCCCCACCCCCUCCUCGCCUCCCAAUCCUAGCGCGCGCCACGUGGUUUGUUCGUUGAAUGCUGGCCGGCCGACGGUUCGAGAGAGAGAGAGAUUCCGCCCGCCCAUGCACUUGAUUGAUCGCUGAAGCAACAGCGGCGGUUUCUCCGUUAUCUGGUCAAGACAGCAAGGAUAAUACUCUGCGCAGCGGCGGUUCGAGAGAGAGCGAGUAUAAUUAUGUGCAGCAUAAGAAUCCCACGAAGGAAAAGAGCGACAAGCAACGCCCGCAUCCGCUGGUAUGGACAUUUGAAAGCCGAUGAGAUUAUUAGAGUGGAAUGCAGCAGACGGUCCGUCCGAGCAGCCCGAGGCAACGUCCGAAGACUCACAAGCUCCUCAAGAAACGAAAUGAGUGCCGAAGUGGCAAGCAGGUGACCGCUGCCAGAGGCACCAGUGUGCGUCUGAAUUGCUCAAAGAUUCCAAGAUUGGACUGGAUUGGAUUGGAUGGGAUUGGAUGGGAUUGGAUUGGAUUGGAUUGGAUUGGAUGGGAUUGGAUUGAAUUGGAUUGGAUUGAAUUGGAUGACGUGCAAGAUUAAUCGGCUUCGAAUGUUGGGUUGGAUUGGAUUGGAUUGGAUUGGAUUGGAUUGUACUCAGAUGGACUGCGUUCUAUUGGAACGGAUUGGUCUGGAUAGGCUUGCGUGACGUCCAAGAUUUGAUCUGGCAUAAAGAUUGGGCUCGACUGAUUGGAUUGGUUUGGAUUGGAUUGGAUGACGUGAAGGAUUUGAUUGGAUUCUAACGUUUGAUUCGUUUUGAUUCGAUUCGAUUCGAUUCGAUUGUACUCAGAUGGAUUGCAUUCCACUGAGUUGGAUGGGAUUGGAUAGGAUUGGAUAGGAUUGGAUAAGAUUGGAUAAGAUUGGAUAAGAUUGCAUGACGUCCAAGAUUAAUCGGGUUCAACGAUUGGAUUGGAUUGGAUUUGGAUUGGAGAACGUCCAUUGAUUGAUUGAUAGGGCGUGGCCGUUCAAGGCUGAGAUGGGAGAUCGAUCGUCAGAGGCAUUCGAUAACAUCAGCGUUUAUGGGCCCUACUCUACACGAACUGCAGAUAUUGCGGGUGUCGCGGUAGCUGACGGGUGCUGCCGUCCCCCAAGUCCUGAGAUCUACCGUAACCAUUGCUGCCAUUGUUAUGUCAGGGAAAGGGAAAGUCGAAGGUCCAAGUACCGGCAAAGGCGCAUGCCUCACUGAAGUAUGACCUAUGUCAUAUGGCUGAGCAGAUCUGACGAACACACUUCGAAAUCAUAUACGUGAAUCAACGACCACUACCUAGCAGCUGAUUUGUCGGAUUGCACUGUAUGCACGUAGACAUACAAUACUACCUUAGUGCAGCUUGUCCUGAGUUCCAAGCGAUUGCUAACUUGACGUACGCGUUGCGGAGACGAGGGCGCUGUGAUAUUGCAUGCAUUGCAUGGGAGUGCUAUUUUUAGCCAUCGUCAUGGUUCGUCAUCAAUAUGGAAUGCAAUUUUUUGCAGGCCCAUGCAUGCAUGGCGUGGGUGGAAGGAGAGCAACGGCCGGGGGAAGGGACCGUUGGGGGG